UUGGGUGUUUGGCGACUGCCCACUCUCCCUGCUGAGUGUUUAGCCGUAUCUCCUCCUAUCAGACUGCAGGUAGUAAACAGGCAGAAUGGAAUGAAUGGAGACGUGGUAUUGUUUGGAGGAACAACCAGCACCAAACAAUGGCAAGAAUGCCUCUCACCAAUAGCUGAAGCUGCACGGGCGCUGACAUCAUAUCACUCCCACAUCUCCCUCUCUUGAUUUCAGCCCCACCCGCUCCUUUCCAUUAGCAAGUCGGUCCGUGUCCCUGUGUUAUUUAAAGCCAGAGAUCCUCCCUCUCGCCGAGCCACUGUGUUGCAUCUGUCUGCCUCGCUGCUUGUGUGUCUGGGUGCGUGUGUGUGCGUAUGAGAGUGCGCUAAAAAACCCAGGCAGCCAGUGGGAGAGCUAGAGAGUCGGGGAGAGAGACACGGGGGAAAGGCAAAAAGCAUCUGAGAAGGGAGAAGGAACGGGAGUGUGAGACAGCUAUGAAAUUCAUCCAAGCUAUUUGCUUACUGCUUCUCUGUCCAGCUUUGAGCCUCAACACCAGACAAAGCUACGAUGGGCUGGAAAAGAAGCUGAAGGAAGUCUUCACUGAACGGAGCAGCAUCCUGCACCAGCUCUCCAAGACAUCAAAGGAGCUGGACAGCAUAAAAGGCAACCUUCAGUCGCUGAAAAAUGAUGACUCAGUGGCCAAGAAGGAUGUGCAGAGGAUUCUGGAGCUCAGCCACAAACAGAGAGAGGAGAUGAAGUCCCUCCAGGCAGCCUUGCAGAAGCAGCUGGAUGAGGCAAAUGAGAGAGCAGAGAAGCAGCAGGCCACGAUCAAAUUUCUCAAAGUGGAGAUGGAGAAAAAAACCAAAAUCAUCAAGGAUCUACAGCAAGAGAACAAGAGCUUGAAAACUAAACUACUCUCGGGACACAAACUUUGUGACGCCUAUGCUGAGGAGUCCAAAAAAAUCCAGGCUCAACUGAAAGAACUGCGGUACGGGAAAAAGGAUUUAAUUUUUAAGGGGCAGCAGCUAAUGGACCUGGAGCACAAGUUAACUAUAGCAAAGGAAGAACUGGAGAAGACCGCACUGGAUAAGGAGUCUCAGCUGAAGGCGCUGAAGGACACAGUUCACAUCUGCUUCUCAGCUGUCCUGCACAACCAGCCCAGCAGCAGUCACAGAUUUCCCGCCUCCCCCACCCACUUGUUCAGAUACUCAUCACUCAUCAACAGCUCCAGAGUCACCUUUCAGCAGCCACAUGCCAAGGAUAUCUCCAAAGUUCAGAGAAUUGUUACGGCCAGUAAAUCACCCGUGAACAUUGGAGUAAUGAGGAGAGAGAGUGGCGGAGUUAAAGACUGCCAGAUGGAAAAGACCGGGGGCGACUGCUUCCAGAAUCAGACGGAGGAAACAGCCCCAGAAAGUAAAAAGCUACCAGAGCCACAGCAGCAAAGGAGCCAAGCGCAGACUGGAAAAUCCACCACAAAGCUCUCAGACGACAGCGAGGAGGCAGAGGGAGGCAGCAGCAAAAAGACAAAGCCGCAUAAAUACAACUGAGCGGACGGCGUAUCAUCCAAAAUGCAGAGCUCCUGCAUUGCCUGAAGGAUCUUUCUAAGAGCACACACUUGCGCACUCUCACAAAAACAUAUGUGCGCCCACACACACACACAUACACACGCAAACACACACACUGAGCUACACAUACGCAUAUCAGCAUUGUUUGCAAAAGCUGAGACACUGGAAUUGUCAACAAAUUUCAAACUGUCAUCUGCAAACCUCCAUAGUAAAAUGGCAUGCAUUCUAGAAAUUCUUUUUAAAAAGGUAGCAAUGGCACUGGUAACUUGUUUCAUGAUUGUUCAUUUGUUGUUUACUUAUCUGAGUUUUAUUCUGAGUGAGGACACUGCUUUCUAAAUGUGUGAUCUUUCUAGAAAAAUCCCUUUGCACUGGUGAGGUCUGACAAUGUAUCCUGUGAUAAGUAUAUCAAUUGACAAAUAAAAAAAUACUACUACUAUUACUACUACUACUACUACUACUACUACUACCCAACUUAGAAUAUUGUUUGUCACUCAUUGUAGCAAGGUUAAUUUACUCCUCCACAUUUUGAAAUAUAGAGGCUCAAGUUGGCUGGCCAACUGUUCAACAUUUAAUAUUUCAGCACUCUUUCUGCCUUUAACACUCCAGAGGCGAAGAGCCAAAGACUCACAAUGGGUCGUCUCCCUGAGAAUGUGCCAUGCACUGAGUAGUAACUCCUAGCUACAUGUAUCUGUGUUAUCUGACCUUUCUGUGUCCUUUCAAUAAACUGUAAUUUUCAGUAAAUGUGUGAAGAAUAAAUGGUUAUUCGU